AUGUGGCGAGACAUCUUUGCGUUUGGCGAGAACACUACCGAUUCUGAUGACAAAUUGGACGAGGUUUCUGACUCUGUAGAUGGUCUCAGCAAGUCGGAUGAAAGCGAGACAGAUGAGGAUGCUGGGGCCUUAUUUGGUGAUCUGGUCAUCAUGGGUGCUGAGAACGCACAGUUCGUCAGUGGCACUUGCCAACGAACCGCCGUUGCUGCAGGUAUCAUCGAUAGAAACAAGUCAACAGAGAGGACGCACAAAAUGGCAAGAAUGGUGGCGGCAGCAGCACCUAUUCAGAUUUUAGCCCUUUUGAGCAUAGGACCGAUCCCAGACCCGGCCCCGUCGCCGGUCAAUGGCACAAGUGCUGAUGCCCGGGAGCGCAACUGGGUGAUGUUGGGCCUUCGAGGCGGGGCCAAAGACGCUACGGCGGUCGCGAAACGUAUAAGAGACGGCUGUGUGGCAUUUGGCACAGCGAUCGUCAUCGUCCCGCUCAUCGCGUUUGUGGGCAUGACCGCAGGCCGACCUCAGCCUACACCUACGACAACGACGAUUCAUGUCGCCCAUCCAUGCCCGGAUAUUGUCGGGUGCCCGCCUGAGGGGCCGUGCAAUGCAAACAUCACCUCUACCCGCAUCCCACGAGAUGGACAACGUGUAGCAUAUUAUCAUCACCAUGGCAGAGUCGUGACAGAACGCAGUCCUGUGUAUAUUCGAUCAAUCAGUAUAAUACCUCAGUCCGGGGUUGCGGCGAUUGCAUAG